AUGUCUUCCUACCUGGAGAAGCAGUCCGCCGCCUUCAAGGGCACGCUCGCGUCGGCGGCGUCGAAGCUCUCGAACCCGAUGAGCGUCAAGGCGGCCUCGCUGGCGCCACCGUCGCCGUCGCCGUCGGCGGCCUCAGACGGGGCGACGCCGACGCCGACGGCGAAGCGCAAGCGGGACGCGCACCCGGAGGUGUACUCGCAACCGCAGCUGACGGGCUAUGGCGUGGACGUCAAGUCGCACAUGAAGUUCGCCGUGGACUUCCUCAAGGCGCGGGGCGGGGCCAAGACGAUGAAGGACAUCGUGGACCACCUGAGCGUGCGCGGCACGUCGGACGAGCACAAGCGGGAGCUGGCCGACGGCCUGCGCGGCCACCCGCGCGUCGAGUGGCGGCCGGACACGAGCCUGACCGAGCAGACGUGGCGCACCGGCACGUACGCCUACCGCCCGGUGGUACCCGGCGUCAAGGACGAGACGAGCCUGCUGGCGUUUUUGCAGCGCAAGACGGACGCGUCGAGCCUGGCGGUGCGCGACCUCAAGGACGGCUGGCCCGACUGCGAGGAGGCGCUGGCGCGGCUGGAGGCCCAGCACAAGGUCCUGGUGACCCGCACGAACCGCGAGAACCUGCCGCGCCACGUCUGGCUGGACGACGCGUCGCUGCACCACGCCAUCCAACCCGAGUUCCAGGCCCUGUGGCGCCGCGUCCAGAUCCCCAGCGUCGACGACAUGCACCGCAAGCUGACGAGCGUCCAGCUCAAGCCCACCAGCGAGGACCCGCGCAAGGCCGCCGCGGCCGCCGGCAACAAGCCCAAGGUGCAGAAGAAGCGCGUCAGCAAGCGCGGCGGCAAGCAGACCAACGUCCACAUGACGCACCUCUUGCAAGACUACAGCAACCUACGACGCUGA